AUGGCCCCUUCAGCAAUUGACUUGCCCCUGCCAAUCGAUUCUCGGAUCAAAGAUGUUGUGAUUCAAAAGAAAGAUACACUCCCUCUACCAGCCGCGGCGCGAGCUCGUCUUGAGAAGGCAGGCAUCGAUCUCAGCAAUGGAUACCCAGAGCGUCCAGCCAAGCCGUUGUUCCUUGAUGAUGCCUACAACAUCAGAAAUGAGGACCGCGAGCACGUUGAGGCUGGAGCCCGAGCCGAUAAAUCCAAAAGUGCUCUGUUUUCAGCAGCAAAAGAGGUCAUCGACUUGACCCGCCAUAUCGGCACAGAAAUCGUAGGUCUCCAGCUGAAGGAUCUUACUUCUCAGCAACGAGACGAGUUGGGAUUGCUCAUCUCAGAGAGAUCAGUUGUGUUCUUCAGAGAUCAGGAUAUUACUCCUCAACAGCAGAAAAGUUUGGGAGAGCAUUAUGGAGAGAUUGAAAUCCAUCCUCAAGUUCCGCACGUACCUGGCGUUCCUGGAGUGACUAUCAUCUGGCCUGCACUUCAAGCUCAAGAGAGACCAGCCUCUUUCAGACAGCCAGGAGGUGCAUCAAGAUGGCACACUGAUCUCGUACACGAAAAGCACCCGGCGGGCAUUACACACUUGCAUAACGACACUAUUCCCUCGAUCGGCGGCGAUACGUUGUGGGCCAGCGGUUACGCCGCGUACUCAAAAUUGAGUCCAGACUUCCGAAAGAUCAUCGAUGGAAAGCAAGCCAUCUAUGUGAGCGCUCACACAUACCUCGACCGCAAUGACCCGAACGCGGGCCCAAAACACAUUGAACGCAUCCACCCUAUUGUCCGCGUCCAUCCAGCUACUGGUUGGAAGUCUCUCUUCGUGAAUAGAGCUAUGACCAAGUCCAUCGUUGGGCUUGACAAGGCUGAGAGCGACUUGAUUCUCAAUUAUUUAUACGAUGUGUAUGAGAAGAACGUCGACAUUCAGGUCCGAUUCAAGUGGACGCCAAAAACUUCGGCGCUCUGGGAUAAUAGAAUAACCAUACACAACGCAUCUUGGGAUUAUGAGGGUUCCGAACCAAGACACGGCACUCGUGUGACCUCGUUGGCCGAGAAGCCCUUUUUCGAUCCGGAGCCUCCUACCAGGCGAGAGGCGUUGGGACUCAAGGACGAUUGA